CGGCAACCAUGGCGUUCGCCGGGCUGAAGCGAGUACAUUAACCCCCGGAGGCAGCGGCGGCGGAGGCGGCGAGGGAGCGAGCCUCGAGCGGGCGGGCCCAGCCUGAGGGAAGGGAGGAAGGGGCGGGGAGAGCGCCGGAGGGAGGCCGGUCGGCCGCGGGCGGGCGGGCAGCGCAGCGCCGAGCGGGGCCCACGGGCCCAUGAGGAGGCCCGGGGACCAUGGGCUCCAGGAUCAAGCAAAACCCGGAGACCACCUUUGAAGUGUAUGUUGAAGUGGCCUAUCCUAGGACAGGUGGCACUCUUUCAGAUCCUGAGGUGCAGAGGCAAUUCCCGGAGGACUACAGUGACCAGGAAGUUCUACAGACUUUGACCAAGUUUUGUUUCCCCUUCUAUGUGGACAGCCUCACAGUUAGCCAAGUUGGCCAGAACUUCACGUUCGUGCUCACUGACAUUGACAGCAAACAGAGAUUUGGGUUCUGCCGCUUAUCUUCAGGAGCAAAGAGUUGCUUCUGUAUCUUAAGCUAUCUCCCCUGGUUCGAAGUAUUUUAUAAGCUGCUUAACAUCUUGGCAGAUUACACGACAAAAGGACAGGAGAGUCAGUGGAAUGAGCUUCUUGAAACUUUGCACAAACUUCCUAUCCCUGACCCAGGAGUGUCUGUUCAUCUCAGCGUGCAUUCUUAUUUUACUGUGCCUGAUACCAGAGAACUUCCCAGCAUCCCUGAGAAUAGAAAUCUGACAGAAUAUUUUGUGGCUGUGGAUGUAAACAACAUGUUACAUCUGUAUGCCAGUAUGCUCUACGAACGCCGGAUACUCAUCAUUUGCAGCAAACUCAGCACUUUGACUGCCUGCAUCCACGGGUCUGCUGCGAUGCUCUACCCCAUGUUCUGGCAGCACGUGUACAUCCCCGUCCUGCCUCCACAUCUGCUGGACUACUGCUGUGCUCCCAUGCCCUACCUCAUAGGAAUCCAUUUAAGUUUAAUGGAGAAAGUCAGAAACAUGGCCCUGGAUGAUGUCGUGAUCCUGAAUGUGGACACCAACACCCUGGAAACCCCCUUCGAUGACCUCCAGAGCCUCCCAAAUGAUGUGAUUUCAUCACUGAAGAACCGGCUGAAGAAGGUCUCCACGACGACUGGUGAUGGUGUGGCCAGAGCCUUCCUCAAGGCCCAGGCCGCUUUCUUUGGUAGCUACCGAAACGCUCUGAAAAUCGAGCCGGAGGAGCCAAUCACCUUCUGCGAGGAAGCCUUCGUGUCCCACUAUCGCUCUGGAGCCAUGAGACAGUUCCUGCAGAAUGCCACACAGCUGCAGCUCUUCAAACAGUUUAUCGAUGGUAGAUUAGACCUUCUCAAUUCCGGCGAGGGCUUCAGUGAUGUUUUUGAAGAGGAGAUCAACAUGGGCGAGUAUGCUGGGAGUGAUAAACUGUACCACCAGUGGCUUUCCACAGUCCGGAAAGGAAGUGGAGCAAUUCUGAAUACUGUAAAAACGAAAGCAAACCCGGCCAUGAAGACUGUCUAUAAGUUUGCAAAAGAUCAUGCAAAAAUGGGAAUAAAAGAGGUGAAAAACCGCUUGAAGCAAAAGGAUAUCACCGAGAAUGGCUGUGCACCCACCACAGAAGAGCAGCUGCCAAAGACUGCACCGUCCCCACUAGUGGAAGCAAAGGACCCCAAAUUCCGAGAAGACCGGAGGCCAAUCACAGUCCACUUUGGACAGCCACAGAGACUCCGUCCCACUCGCCCGCAGCCUCCCAAGAUACAGCGCUCCAGGCCCGAGCAGCUGUGGGCGAGGACAAGCGAACAGGCCUUACUGUCUGACCUUCUCGAAGCCCCCACCCUAGGACCUCCGGAGCAGGGCAGCGCUGCCCCGACUGCAUCCCCCGCCCCCCUUUGUGGUGCAAAGUCAGGUGCAAACCAGGUGCGCCCUCCACGGCCACACGUUGUUAAGAGACCAAAGAGCAACAUCACGGUGGAAGGCCGGAGGACGUCCGUCUCGAGCCCCGAGCACCUCGUAAAGCCCUUGCGACACUAUGCUGUCUUCCUCUCCGAAGACUCCUCUGAUGAUGAAUGCCAGCGGGAAGAGGGCCCGAGCUCUGGCUUCACUGAAAGCUUUUUCUUCUCCACUCCCUUUGAAUGGCCGCAGCCAUAUCGGACACUCAAGGAGUCAGACAGUGCGGGAGACGAGGCGGAGAGCCCAGAGCAGCGAGUGCGGGAGCCCGUGGGCCCCAGCCCAGCUCCACCGGACCGGGCCGCCAGCAUUGACCUCUUGGAGGACGUCUUUAGCAGCCUCGACAUGGAGGUCCCACUGCAGCCGCUGGGCCAGGCCAAAAGCUUGGAGGACCUUCGGACACCCAAAGACCUGAGGGAGCAGCCGGGGACCUUUGACUAUCAGAGGCUGGACCUGGGCAGGAGUGAAAGGAGCCGCGGGAUGCCAGGAGCCUUGAAGCUCGCCCACCCGCACAACAAGCUCUGGAGCCUGGGCCAGGACGACAUGGCCAUCCCCAGCAAGCUUCCUGCCACCUCCCCCGAGAAGCCCUCAGCACUGCUCGGGAACUCCCCAGCCCUGGCCUGCAGGCCCCAGAACCAGGAUGGCAUCCUGAACGCCAGCGAUAAGGAAGAGAUGCCCACCCCCACUCUGAGCAGCAUCACCAUCCCCCGGCCCCAGGGCAGGAAGACCCCAGAGCUGGGCAUCGUGCCCCCGCCCCCCACCGCCCGCCCAGCCAAGCUCCAGGUUGCUGGCGCUGCCCUCAGCGACUUCUCCUCGGAGCGGCUGCAGGCUGAGCGGGAAAGGCAGGCUACCCCGAGCUCAGCCCCAACCCGUGGGCUCCUCCCCAGUGCUGUCCCCCAAGACCCCACUGAACUGCUUCAGCCGCUCAGCCUGGCCCCAGGGGCUGCGGGCACAGGCAGUGACGCCCUGCUGGCCCUCCUGGACCCACUUAACACAGCCUGGUCAGGCAGUACCCUUCCAGGCCCUGCAGCCCCACAUGUAGCCACCCCAUUUACCCCCCAAUUUAGCUUUCCCCCCAUGGGGACCCCCACCCCAUUUCCACAGCCAUCACUCAACCCCUUUGUCCCAUCGGUGCCAGCAACACUGCCCACCAUGCCCUUGGUCUCCACACCAGCUGGGCCUUUCGGGGCCCCUCCUGCUUCCCUGGGGCCAGCUUUUGCUCCCAGCCUCCUGCUGUCCAAUUCUGGCUUCUGUGCCCCACAUAGAUCUCAGCCCAACCUGUCUGCCCUCUCCAUGCCCAACCUCUUUGGCCAGAUGCCCAUGGGUGCCCACUCUCUGCAGCCCCUGGGCCCCCCAGCAGUCGCCCCCUCGAGGAUCCGAACACUGCCCCUGGCCCGCUCAAGCGCCAGGGCUGCUGAGGCCAAGCAAGGGCUGGCCCUGAGACCCGGAGACCCCCCACUCCUUCCUCCCAGACCCCCCCAGGGCCUGGAGCCAGCACUGCGGCCCUCUGCUCCACGAGAGGCCAGAGACCCCUUUGAGGAUUUGUUACGGAAAACCAAGCAAGAUGUGAGCCCGGCCCCAGCCCCCGGCUCAGUGGAGCAGCUCAGGAAGCAGUGGGAGACCUUCGAGUGAGCAGGCGCUGAGGGCUCGCGGCAAGCCAAGGCCAGGCUGCCUGCCGCGGCAGCUCCGAGGUUGGCCGGCCCUGCCCCCCCUGCUGCUCUGUUUCUGCCCAGGUUCUACUGGUGGGAAGAGAUGGGACCCCUCUGUGCUGCCCCCUCCUCUCCACACUGCCCAUCUCUGGAGAAUGGCGCUAGUUCCAGCCUGGGAAUGACCCAGCUCCUGGGCACCUGUCCCGCCCUGCCACCACCCCUCCCCUGCACCCCUGAUUGGAUUUUGCACUAAAGAGGUCAGCUGGGCCAAUGAUUGCCCCAGACCAUGUCCUACCCACCUUCCCUCUGGAAAUCGCCCACCAGGAGCCCCGUGCCCCCUCAGGAUGUCUCCUCCUGAGCCCUGUUCUCCUGCCCCAACUGCAGCCCAGCCCUGCAUACCCCACCUCGAUGGGCACAGGUAUUGGCAGUACCCUCGGCAUGAGCUCGUCUGCACGAGAUGCACAUGGUUUGGAGUUUAAAGUAAGGAACCCCUCUCCCAGGCUGGAGGAUCUACCUGGUGAGGCAUUUCCAAACCCUCUCUAGCAACAGGCACAUGCAUUCUUUCCUGAGUCUUCACCCUAACCACCAAACUUCCGUUUUUCUGACUUGGUAGGGCUCUGGGGGCUCAGGGAUCCUUGCGAUCCCUCAAGGUAGCCAAACCAAGCUGCAGCCAGCCCUGCAUGGGGGCUGGGAGCACCAGCAGCUCUGACUUGUAGAAGACAAAAUGGCAACAGGUAGAUCUGAGAGCAUCAGGAGGAGUCAGGCUGCCAUCCAGCACGCUCCCUCUGGUCCCCACAGGUUCUCCUGGUCUCGAGUUACUGUCACAUGGGACUUGGCCUCUUGUCGAGUGGGUCUGAGGGGGCAGAGCUGAGAAGCAGGCACCCAGAUUCCCACUGGAAGGCCAAGCUUAACACCACAGAGAUGCAGGAGUCCCAACUGCUUGGCUCCUUGGGGCAGGAGUGGGCAGGGCACUGAGACCCCUCCAGGCCCCUGGUGAGUGGGCAGCCUGGAGGCAGGAGCAGGGCUUGGAGCCACCCCCUCCCUGCCCAUCUUGUGAUUCUUGCCAGCACAGAAAUUCCUGAGGCCAAUGUCACCAAAGCUAAAUUGAAAUAUUUUGUUAUUGUUUCUUUUAUCUUUCCUUUCCUUUUUACUUUAUUGAUUUGAUGCAUCUCGAAAUUGACUAGUUUCAAUAAACCAGGUUAAAAUAUGGCCCAACCAUUUAAGAAAACAACUAUCUGAGACAUGCAGGAAAUUGUGAGCAUUUUGACCUGAUUUCUCAUUUCCUAUUUGUGAAUGGUCAGAUAUACAGUCUCAGGGGUGUCUGACGGGACAAGGGGGUUCCUGAAGGAACCCCAGGGAGCCUUGUCCGUGUCUGAGGGGCUGGGAGACCACCCCCACACACGAGUGAGUGAGGCCUGGAGGGCUGGCCCUGAGGUUUGCUCUGGCGUGGGGUGCGAAGAGCUGCUGGCCCAGCACACAGCCCCUUCCUCAGUCAAUCACAGCCCCUUGGGCACGUCUUCUCUGAAUCUCAGCAAUGUCCUUUGGCUGCUGGAAUGGGGGACCGUGUCAUGUCUGGGCCACGUGGGCACCUCUAGGACACUCAGGUGUUUCAAUAGAGAUUCCAAAUCCACCCAUUCUGAACAGACCCCUGAGCCCUGUUGGUAACAGGGUAGCCCACCCAGUGUGCCGUCUAAGGCAAGAGGCACCAGGUGGCUCCAGGGAAGCAAAGCCCACCCCAUGCUGGGGGCUGGGGGCAAGCACGCUGUCUCUUCACUUGCUGGAUUGAAUUUGCAAGUCCAAGGAUGAAAUUUUGUGUGUUGCGUUCAAUAAAAUCUUCUUGGGAAG